CUCGUCACCCGCACCCCCUAACUCGUGGUGCCUUUCUUGGAGAAGCCAUUUGUGCUUUCCUAACCCUCACCGCCGCCUCUCUCCCCCCUUCCAUUCCCUUCCCAAUCUCCAAGCUGCCAUGGCCUUCACCGCCCCCAAGCAGCUCCUCCGGCCCCAGAUCCACUCCUCUGCUGCACCACGGAGGGGCAAGCAUCCCUCCUCCGACAGAUCCAUGGCCCCUAAACCUUCCAUUUUUGGUGCCUGCAAGAAAUCCCUUUCAGCCUUCUCCGCCUCCGCGGUCUCCUUUGCCGCCGCGGCUGGUGGCGGGUUCAUCUUGCUUGCUUCGUCCUCCCCUCCCCCCAUUGACGGCGGCGGUGGCGGAGGUUGGUACCGGGGAGGCGGCGGCGAUGGGGGUGGUUUCUGGUCUAACCUGUUCUCCCCGUUGGUGGCGCUUGCGAAGGAGGAGGGCGGCCCCGGCCGGGAGUGGGACCCCCAUGGCUUACCGGCUAACAUCGUCGUCCAGCUCAACAAGCUGAGCGGCCUCAAGCGGUAUAAGAUCUCCGACAUCCUGCUCUUUGACCGCCGGCGCUCGACCACCGUCGCCGGCACGGAGGACUCCUUCUUCGAGAUGGUGUCGCUGCGCAACGGUGGCGUCUACACCAAGGCCCAGCUCCAGUCAGAGUUGGAAAACCUGGCCGCUUCCGGCAUGUUUGAGAAGGUCGACCUCCAAGGCAAGACCAAGCCCGAUGGCACCUUGGCCCUCACAGUGUCGUUCGCCGAGAGCACGUGGCAGUCUGCGGACGCAUUUCGUUGCAUCAACGUCGGACUGAUGCCGCAGACGAAGCAGAUGGAGAUGGACCCGGACAUGACGGAGAGGGAGAAGUUAGAGUACUUCCGAAGCCAGGAGAGGGAAUACAGGAGGAGGAUCGAGCGCUCAAGGUCAUGCUUGUUGCCUGUGACAGUCCGGCGGGAGGUGAUGCAGAUGCUCCGCGAGAGGGGGAAAGUGAGUGCUAGGUUGCUGCAGAGGAUUCGGGACCGGGUGCAGAAGUGGUACCAGGAUGAGGGGUAUGCUUGCGCCCAGGUUGUCAAUUUUGGGAAUCUGAACACAAAGGAGGUGGUGUGUGAGGUCGUGGAGGGUGAUAUUACUCAGCUUGACAUCCAGUUCCUGGAUAAGCUUGGAAAUCUAUGUGAAGGGAAUACUCAUUUGGCUGUCAUUCGCCGGGAGCUGCCCAGACAGCUUCGACCAGGGCAUGUCUUUAACAUAGAAGCAGGAAAGCAAGCUUUGAGGAACAUAAACUCGCUUGCUUUAUUCUCCAAUAUAGAGGUGAACCCACGACCAGAUGAAAAGAAUGAAGGAGGCAUAAUAGUUGAAAUCAAACUCAGAGAAAUGGAUCAAAAGACAGCUGAAGUAAGCACCGAAUGGAGUAUCGUACCUGGACGUGAUGGACGACCAACACUGGCUUCAGUUCAACCUGGUGGAACUGUUUCAUUUGAACAUCGCAACAUAAAUGGUUUGAACAGAUCAAUUGUUGGUUCGGUUACAUCGAGCAAUCUUCUCAAUCCUCAGGAUGAUUUGUCUUUCAAGCUUGAAUAUGUGCACCCUUAUCUAGAUGGUGUGACCAACCCUCGCAACCGAACCUUCCGCACCAGCUGCUUUAACAGCCGGAAGUUAAGUCCUGUCUUCACUGGUGGUCCAGGUGUAGAUGAAGUUCCACCUGUAUGGAUUGAUAGAGUGGGCUUUAAAGCCAAUAUAACCGAGAGCUUCACCCGACAAAGCAAAUUUACUUAUGGGCUUGUGAUGGAAGAGAUCACAACCCGUGAUGAAACUACUAGCAUUUGUACCCAUGGUGCUCGAGUGUUACCUAGUGGUGGUUUAAGCAUGGAUGGGCCUCCAACAACCCUCAGCGGUACUGGCAUUGAUCGCAUGGCAUUUGCACAGGCGAAUAUUACACGUGACAACACAAAGUUUCUGAAUGGAGCAACCGUUGGUGAGAGAGAUGUCUUCCAGCUGGACCAAGGUCUUGGAAUCGGCAGCAACUUUCCAUUCUUCAACCGCCACCAGCUCACAUUAACCCGGUUCAUUCCAUUGAAGAACGUUGAAGAAGGCAUAGGUAAAUCGCCACCACCUGUUCUGGUUCUUCAUGGACACUAUGGUGGUUGUGUUGGAGACCUCCCAAGCUAUGAUGCUUUCACUCUUGGAGGUCCCUACUCGGUGAGAGGCUACAACAUGGGAGAAUUGGGUGCCUGCAGGAACAUUAUCGAGCUUGCCACUGAGCUGCGAAUCCCCGUGAAGAACACCCAUGUAUAUUUGUUUGCGGAGCAUGGAAAUGACCUUGGCAGUUCGAAGGAUGUAAAGGGAAACCCGACUGAAUUUUUCCGCCGAGCUGGGCAUGGCUCCUCCUAUGGUGCUGGUGUGAAGCUUGGGAUGGUGAGGGCUGAGUACGCCAUGGAUCACAAUUCUGGUACUGGUGCAGUAUUCUUUAGGUUCGGUGAGAGAUUUUGAGGGGAAUUUUACAGGCUUCAGUAAAAAAAAUUUAACCAGGUUUUUCCAUCAUCAUUUCUAUAUUUACAAGAUAUUACGUUCAACAUGCAAGUUAUAGUGUGCUGUUUAAAUUUGUGUUUUAUGCCUUUAUAGAUCUUUGAACUAAAUGAACAGCAGAACCGAACUGUUUCUUAUUUGAUUUUCUUUAUGCAACAAAGGAUUCAUUAUAUUUU